AUGGAAUUAUAUCUAGACAUGAAUGAGUUGGGAUUAGCUGAUCAAGAAGGCAGAGUUUGGGGGAGGAUGAGCAGGAAAAGGACUAGCUAUGAUGAUACAGUUGGGUACAAAUCGAAGAACCUUCAUGCAGAAAGGAGGAGAAGAGAGAAGCUGAGUAACAGGCUCUUGACAUUGCGUGCAGUAGUCCCCAUUAUCACAAAUAUGAACAAGGGUACCAUAAUUGAGGAUGCGAUUACUUACAUCCAGGAGCUGAAGAAAAAUGUUGAGGUUCUUACUGGCAUGCUUCAAGAAAUGGAAGCAUUAUCGUCAGAAGAGGAAAUCAAGACAGGAGUUAAUGAGAUUGAUGCUUCUGAGGAAAUGAAGCAGUAUGGGAUUAAGGAAGAUGUUCAGGUGACUAACAUUGAAGGAGACAAACUCUGGAUCAAGAUCAUCUUAGAGAAGAAGAAAGGCCGGUUCUCUAGAUUGAUGGAGAAAAUGGCUUGCUUUGGCUUGGAACUCAUUGACAGCAAUGUCACUACCUCUAGAGGAGCAAUGCUUGUUACAGCCAGUGUUGAGGGUGCUUUUGGUGAUACUCUCACAGUUCAGCAGACCAGGGAAUUGUUGAUACAGAUCCUUAAAGGCAUAUAG